GCUAAUAACAACAGAAGAUCCCGGACAACUAGUGUUAUAAUUAAACCCAACACAGAGGGGGCAAACUGCUUCCAUCUGGAGUGUACUGAUGCAGAUGGACGUUAGGACUGAACGUUGACGAGUGGAAGUGACGGAUCCUCCUCCUCCUCCUCCUCACCCUCACCCUGUUGCCCCCAACACCCUCUGUCACGCUGGCAAUGUCAAGAGUCCCGAGUCCCCCUCCCCCUGCGGAAAUGUCCAGCGGGCCUGUGGCUGAGAGCUGGUGCUACACACAGAUUAAAGUGGUGAAGUUCUCUUACAUGUGGACCAUCAACAACUUCAGCUUCUGUCGUGAGGAGAUGGGCGAGGUCAUCAAGAGCUCCACCUUCUCCUCUGGGGCCAAUGACAAGCUGAAAUGGUGUUUGCGGGUGAAUCCGAAGGGCCUGGAUGAGGAGAGCAAAGACUACUUGUCCCUCUACCUGCUGCUGGUCAGCUGUCCGAAGGCCGAGGUGCGCGCCAAGUUCAAGUUCUCCAUCCUCAACGCCAAGGGAGAGGAGACCAAAGCCAUGGAAAGCCAGAGGGCGUAUCGCUUUGUCCAGGGGAAGGACUGGGGCUUUAAAAAGUUCAUCCGGAGAGACUUCCUGCUAGAUGAAGCCAACGGUCUUCUACCUGAUGACAAGCUCACACUCUUCUGUGAGGUGAGCGUGGUGCAGGACUCAGUCAACAUAUCCGGGCAGAACACCAUGAACAUGGUGAAGGUGCCUGACUGCCGGCUAGCAGAUGAGUUGGGGGGCCUGUGGGAGAACUCCCGCUUCACUGACUGUUCCCUGUGUGUAGCUGGACAGGAGUUUCAGGCCCACAAAGCCAUCUUGGCAGCACGUUCCCCAGUAUUCAGCGCCAUGUUUGAGCACGAAAUGGAAGAGAGCAAAAAGAAUCGUGUGGAGAUCAACGAUGUGGAGCCCGAGGUUUUCAAAGAGAUGAUGUGCUUCAUUUACACAGACAAGGCUCCCAACCUGGACAAGAUGGCGGAUGACUUGCUCGCAGCAGCUGACAAGUAUGCUCUAGAGAGACUGAAGGUCAUGUGCGAGGACGCGCUCUGCACCAGCCUGUCUGUGGAAAACGCAGCUGAGAUCCUCAUCCUGGCCGACCUGCACAGCGCCGACCAGCUGAAAACACAGGCCGUCGACUUCAUCAACUACCACGCAGCAGAGGUGAUGGAGACAGCCGGUUGGAAGUCCAUGGUAGCAUCUCAUCCUCACCUGGUGGCUGAAGCAUAUCGCUCCCUGGCUUCAGCUCAGUGCCCUUUCCUCGGACCCCCCCGCAAGCGCCUCAAACAGUCCUAACAGCCUCACAGCGAGGCGUCUACACACACUUGUACACACACACAUAAAUACACAAAGACACACAGACACACCCGCCCUCAAACACACAGGGACAAACCUUCCCCCUUGCUGUUACCUACUACACUACCUACAGCCUCCCCCUGAUCCCCACCUUCUGCCCCAUCCAGAACCUGCUGUAUUUAGUCUCUUCUAAAGAUGGAGGGAAGAAGAAGUAGGAGGAAGAGGAAGAGGAGGAGAUGGAAAAAGAGGAACAGGUGGGCUUGUGAAGUGGAUGUUAGUCGUUUACAAAAAAAAACAACCCACACCUUUUUCCUCCUCGGCUCUGGCAUAGCGAGGUCCGACAUUGUUCUCUUUUCCGUGUGUGAAGACUUGACCUUAAUCCUUUCGACAUUCUGCUAGUUCCUACUUUGGAAUCUGUUUGGAAGAAAGAACUGGACAAAGUAACAUAAUAAGAGACAACUGUCUGGAAAUGUGGAGACGUAAAGGACGAGCCUGGAUAAAUAAAGGCUUUAACUGUCUAUUUCAUCAUAAGGCUUCUUUUUGCUCUGUUUUCAGUGUAGAGCUGUCGGAGAAGCCCCUUAACUAAAGGACUCAUGGGCCUAUGAGGGACUGAAGAAGAAGAAGAAAUAGGAGAAGAAGAAGUGAGCCUGUUAUGUAGAAACUUGGACACCCCCGAGAAAGACAACCAAGGGCUAGUCAAAAAAGCAGAUGUGGGACAAGUCAUCAAAAUAAUUUUCCCAAAGAAAGUUGGGAAACAUUGCACUAAAGUCACAGGUCACCCUCGUCAACCCUUACCAGCAGUAAAGUAGAAAUACUGUAGGCAAGCACACAUUGAAGCAAGCUUCAUGAACUAAAGACCCAGCUGGACCACCAACAACAAGUACCCUUUAAGAUGAUUUAUCAGCAAGUGACAAAAAAAACCAACACAUGUAUUCCCAUAUAGAACUCUGCUUCAUCUGCGUCCGUUUUCAUUUUUCAAGUAGCAGGGAAAAAAGCAGAAUAUAUAGUGAGGAUACAGAAAAUAGCAACGCACAACUGGAUGUCAUUCUUGGGGAAAUUGUAUUUUGUGUGUGGAUGUGUCCUUGUAGCCCUUGAGAGAAAAUAAAACCCAAGGUGUCAACAGACAAACCAAUGGAGGGAAAAGAAACUGUCAAGAAACGGUUACAAAAUAACAUUAUGAUUCAAUCAGGCAUGUUAAUGUUCUUUUAUAAUGGAUUUCUUAUUUGUCUUUAAUCAGAACUGUCAUUUCUAUUUUUUUCAUAGGAAUUUGUACAGACACUAGUGUUUUUGAAGUUGUGUAAACAAAAUCAUUUUCAACCGUGAAAUUGAAAAAAAAAGCAAAAAAAAAAAA